CAGGUUGCAGAAAAGAUGGAAAAAAGGACAUGUGCACUCUGCCCCAAAGACAUCGAGUAUAGUAUCCUAUACUUUGCAAAAUCAGAGAAUAUAGCUGCUCAUGAAAAUUGUUUGCUGUAUUCUUCAGCACUUGUGGAAUCUGAGGAUCAUGAUCCACAUAAUCAAGACAGAAAUUUUGAUGUGGAAUCAGUAAAGAAAGAAAUCCACAGAGGACGGAAGUUGAAAUGUUCAUUUUGUAGUAAAAAAGGAGCCACCGUGGGAUGUGAUUUAAAAGCCUGUAGCAAGACUUACCACUUUUUCUGUGCCAAGAAUGACCAAGCAGUCCUACAAAAUGAUGAAUCUCGAGGAAUUUAUAAAGUGUUUUGCAAACAACAUGCUCCAUCGAACGACGCUCAUAAUGGUAAGUCUCUAAAAUUUAGAACGUCUGGUACCUUCCAAUCUCACUACAAUCAGAGGGCCAAACAAGGACGUGCGUGCACGAGCGGACUGAAAAGAAAAAGAGGAAGGAAGAAAUGUCUCUCAAAAGACCCACCUGAAACGUUGACAUUAGAUAGAUUCAUGAAGGAAGAGGAAGGCAGACACACAGAUGCAGCUGUGAAGGCUGGUUUUCUUAAGAAAUGUAAGGAAGCGGGGCUUCUUAAUGAUUUAUUUGAAGAAAUAUCAGACAAACUUCAUUUGAUUCAAGAAAGACUCAUGGGCGACACUGCUUCUGAUUCAGACCAUGAAGAAAUCGAGACUUCACUUUUUGACUGUAAAUUGUUUGAAGACACAUUUGUAAAUUUUCAAGCAGGAAUACAGAAGAAAAUCCAUCAACGUGAAGAAUGGCAGAAGCAACUGAAUGACGAGAUUGGGGUACUUAAGGAUUUAAACCAAACCGUGUGCUCUCUUCAAGGAGAUAGAGACAUAAUGUCAAGUUCUACUUCAGUAUCUUCUGUGUCUUCUAAGGAUUACCAUUUCCUAAAUCAGGAAUGA